AUGAAAUCGCUUUUACAUUUUCUGGUCGUGGUUCUGCUGGCUUUAAUUGAGGCCGUAUCACGUGUGCAAUCUACAGACUCGAUCAAAUUCAUAGCGCCCACCACGGAUCAAAAAGUCGGUAGUUCCGUAGAAGUAAAAUGGGAUACGACAUUUAUUCCCAAAGGCCUAAACACCAGUGAUAAUAUUAGUUCCCGUAUCAGAUGCGGUCCGAGGACGCAGUUUCCGGGAACAGCUGUGCCGUCUGUACCUUUCUCGCUCGGAAAGAAAACGAUCGACCUCCCUAAUGAUUCUGAUCUUAUUGGACUCACUUGUCAUGUAGCCAGUCUUGAUGAAGAUAACCCAGACAUUGAAGGAAUUUCCAAAGAUUUCAAAAUAAUUGCAUAA